UAUUAAAAGAAAAAUAAGUAAUGUCAGGUGCCUGUGGUUAAAGAAUGGUGUAUUUUCGAUAUUGUAUUCUUUUAAGUAUUUUUUAAAUAUGAACUUAAAGCUAAUUUUUAAUGUUAAUCCUGCUGUAUUCUAUAAUUUCUAUUUCCCAUUUCCCGAUUACAGUCUUCGGCCUAUCAUUUUCUCUCUUGCAUUAUGAACUUUUCUUUUAAUAUUAUUUCAUUGGUUGAAAUGCUGUAAGAAAAAGGUAACGGAGGCUUGUCGAAAAAUCUCGAAAUUUACGGAGAAGGCCGAGCUACAACCAUAGUAGGGCUAAUACCUGCAAAAAGCUUAUUUAGAAAUACAAAUCCAAGGAAUUUUCAAGAAUAAAACGGUAUAAUAUACUGUGUGAUAGGAAAAAAUAGUUUACAGUGAUUAAAAGAUUGUUGCUAAAGACGGUAAGCUUUUUUAGAAAUAUCUACGUGUACCAUUUUUAUAUACUUGAAGCGACUCGUAGACUUCCAAUAACUGAUAACGAGAAAAAACAUUGACCUCAUGCAAUUUAUAUUGAAAAACUCAUUCUGUGAUAAUAAAAAUUUAAGCGAAGACAAUACAAGUUGUAAUAAAGUAUUCCUGCUAAUUUCGUGUAGAAUAAAUGAGUAUUUUUCAAGAAAUCAACAAAAACCCGACUAUCAGUUUCGAAAAUCCCGGCCCGGCCCGGGUUUCGCUCCCAUUUUAGUCACACUCAAUUUUUUGGCGGGAAUGAAGAAUUUUAGCGGGAAAAAAUCUCGGACUUCUUUGUAUACUUGAAUAAAAAAGCCCGAAAACUUCGAAAUAGCAUAACGUCAUCUCCACGCGAGUAAACAGUGAGCCAAGAAGCUAAGAUGACAUCUUCAGAGAAAAAAAGAAAGAUGGAUGAAAAUCCGCCACCAUCAGACCCUGAAACCAUGGUGACUGGAUUUAUCCACUGCGUGUCCCCAGUAAAACUUUCGGCAAACGGGAGCAGAUAUUUUAAUAUGACAAUACAACGAAAGGAUGAAUACACCAAUGCCGUCUCCUUCAGUGCCUCCGCACAUCAACAAAUGCUAGAAAUGUCAAAAAACAAAACACCAGUGACACUUCACAAUGUACAAAUGUCACCCAGUCUGAAAUCAAGUGGAAAAUUUGAUGUCAAAUAUAACCACCGCUCAAAUAUGACCCCUGCAAGAAACUUGGACUUCGAGUUCCAGUUGCCAGAGCAUACUAAAUAUAGAACCAUAAAAGAAGUAGAGGAAAACCUCAAUGCUUUCCAGAAGACUUGUGUCAAAGUAAAGGUUUUUGAAAAAGGAGAAGCAGAUGCCCAAGUUCUCAAGUCAGGAACAGAAUUGAACAAGUGUAAAUAA